AUGGCGGAGGAAGUGCUCAAGUGCGCGCGCUUCGGAGACGACGAGGAGCUUAAGACGCUGCUGCAGUCGGUGGACGGCGCCGAGAGAGAUGCGUCCGUGAACUUCGUGCAGCCGGAGACGCUCAACACGCCGCUGCACAUGGCUUGUGCGAAUGGCUACGUGGAGUGCGUGCGCGAACUGCUGAACAACGGCGCGCGCCACGUGGCCAACGCCAGCGGGAACCUGCCUCUGCACUGGGCCGUGCAGAACAAGCACCGCGAGGUGGUGAAGCUGCUGGUGGACGGCGUGAAGGACCUGGACGUGCUGGCGCGCAACAACUUCGGCCGUGGAUGUGUCACGGAGGCGUUCCAGUGCGAGGACACGGAGAUCUUGGCCAUGCUGCUGGAGCACAGCUCGGCGUCGGAGGAGCGUCUGGCGGAGGGCACGGGCAUGGGCAAGGACGCCAUCAAGGAGGAGGUGGAGGAGGACGGAGACGAGUCGGACAGUAACUCGCCCAAGCAGGUGUGCGAGCUGGGCUCGGGCUGCGGCGUCAGCGGCCUCGCUGUGCACAAGUACACGAACGCUGCGCGCGUCGUGCUGUCCGACUUGUUCGCGCACACCAUUCAGAACCUCGAGCACAACAUUGAGCUGAACAAGAAGUCUGCAGACAAAAAGGCCGGAGCGGACGAUGAGGAUAAGCAGGAGGCCCCCGUGCUCGACUGCUGCGGCCGGUGUGGCGCGGUUCAGCGUUUUACUCCGGACAACCCGGAGGGCAAGCUGAUGACGUGCGGCGGCUGCAGGUCGGUCGCCUACUGCUCUCGCGAGUGCCAGAAGAAGGCGUGGAAGAAGCACAAGCCCGACUGCAAGGCCAUUCGUGCGCAGCGCGAGCAGGCGGAGGCUCUCAAGGAGAGCAAGGCGAGCGAGGAGGGCAUCGUUCAGGUCGAGGCUAUCGACUGGGCUCAGCGCGAGACCUGGCCGAUCAGCUGCGACAGCGACAAGUUCGACGUGCUCUUCGGCUCCGACCUCGUGUAUCACCAGGAGAUCGUGCCGGUGCUUGUCAACGUGGUGGACGGUAUGCUGGCCACCGAAGGUCGGUUCGUGCACGUUGCUUCCCAGGCUCGGCACUCGCUUGUGGAGUUCAAGGAGGCGAUGGAGGCUCGCGGCUUCACCUGCGAAGUUGAGGAGGUCCCCGAGGACUACAAGACGAACCCGCUCGUGGGCAACGACGCCGUGGCUGAACUGUUCGCUCUGCACUUCAACGAGAUGAGCGACGUGUACUGCAUCUACACCUUCACCCGCACCAGCCAGCCUUAG